UCGAUCUCAGCGAUGGUAAUAAAAAAGAUCUCAAGCGUGCCAAUCCAGGUGAGGCGCAAUGAUGAUGUUUUAUGUUUGCUGACGAUAGAAUUCCGAUAUGCGAUUGUCAAGACACUUGGAGAAGGCUCUUUUGGCAAGGUGAAGCUGUAUGUGUCUGCGCAUCGCACAAGGAGGCUAAUCAAUCAGGGCCGAACAUCUUGUGACGAAGCAGCGCGUUGCGCUCAAGAUCAUCUCGCGCAAGAUGAUACAAAACAACGAUAUUGCCUCACGGGUAGAGCGCGAGAUUCAAUAUCUCAAACUGCUUCGUCAUCCGCACAUCAUCAAGCUCUUUGAGGUCAUCAAUACGCCAACAGACAUCAUUAUGGUGAUUGAAUAUGCAGGCAAUGAGUUAUUUGACUAUAUUGUCAAGCGCGGCAAGAUGGGCGAGCAGGAAGGCCGGCGCUUCUUUCAACAAAUUAUCUCUGCUGUUGAGUACUGUCAUCGACACAAGAUUGUCCAUCGCGACCUCAAGCCAGAGAAUUUAUUGCUAGACGACCAAUUCAACGUCAAGAUUGCCGAUUUCGGCUUGAGCAAUUUCAUGACGGACGGAAACUUUCUGAAGACGUCGUGUGGCUCACCCAACUAUGCAGCGCCAGAAGUCAUUUCGGGUAAGCUCUAUGCUGGCCCCGAAGUAGAUGUGUGGUCAUGCGGCGUCAUUCUAUAUGUCAUGCUCUGUGGUCGUCUACCAUUUGACGAUGAAUUUAUCCCAACCCUCUUCAAAAAGAUUAAUGGUGGUAUCUACAAUCUACCAUCCUAUCUAUCUUCUGGUGCAAAAAGUCUAUUGCAAAAGAUGCUGGUGGUCAAUCCAAUGAAUCGCAUCACGAUUGAAGGAAUUCGCGAUCAUGCCUGGUUCAAAGAAGACCUGCCAGACUAUCUGCUGCCCGUUGCUGAGGAAAGUUUCGAGCGUGUUGAUGACAAGGUCGUCACACAGCUUGGCAAGGCCAUGGGUUACAAACCAGCGGAAAUCAAGGAAGCUCUACAACAUGACGGCGUCAGUGAAAUCAAGGAAGCCUACAAGAUUGUUGCGGAAAACAACCUGAUGCGGCGGGAACAUGCCAAGGUUGGUAAAGAAAUGGAAUCUUUCCUGGCUCAAUCACCUCCAGCAUGGACUGCUUCGUCUUCCAAGUCACCAGGUACGCUCCGGCAAACAUUCUCACCUGUGGGCAGUCAAAUGAAUACCCCGGAUCAGCCCAUGUCACCUGUUCAUGAGAGCUUGCACGAACACAGUACCAUCAGUAUUCUUCCUUCAAGUAUACCAGUCUAUCACCGCGCACUCAUGCACAAGGAGGAUGUCGGUAGCAUAGCGGAAGAGCCGACACUUGGAGCGCGGCGCUCCUUGCAUAUCUCCACGCAUGCAACGUCUGCUGCACUCAGUGGAUCUGCCGGAAAGAAGCAACGCCCACAACGCUGGCAUUUCGGUAUUCGAUCACGCAGUAGUCCACUGGAUGUCAUGUUGGAAAUUUAUCGAGCACUCAAGCAGAUGGGUGCAGAGUGGAUUGAUCGAGGUCCUGAAGCGGAUCCGUUUAUGAUUACGGCGCGGUGGCUCAAGGCACAUGAGGAAGGGUCUGUGAUGGUAUAUUUGGACGUCCAGCUCUAUCAGCUCGAACCCAAUAACUUCCUGGUGGAUUUCAAGUGUGCUGGCUAUGAACGUGUCCGGGAAGGCGAGGGAGAAGGUCUUGAUCGUUUCGUCAAGGAUGAGUCGUAUGGUGGGCACAAGGCUGAAAGUGACAAGGAGGCGACUUCUGCGUUUCCCUUUCUGGAUGUCGCCUCGAAGCUCAUCACCUCGCUGAUGUAGUCCUUUGCGAUAUUGUCUAUCUUUCGUACGUAUACAGUCAACAUUGUCAAUACUUCCCUUCCCGCCAGUCAACAUUGUCAAUACUUCCCGCAUUUCGACUUCAAUUGCGACAACGACACAUCUCCAUCUUCACAGCACACGCAGCCAGCUGCAGCGCUUGCAGGCCGUCAUGCCGAAUCAAGGCCGCAAGACCUUCACCAUUCAAGGCCAAGACUUUGUCGUGCAAGACAACUUUGAGAUCAUCAAAGAGCUAGGUCAAGGCGCCUAUGGCAUCGUCGUAUCUGCCCGC